AUGGGCGCUGGGGGGUCAAGGCAGAUUCCAAGAAAGUUGCCAAAGCACAUCGUUUCCGAGGUCAAGUCCAGUGCAUUGGAGUCGCGCUCGGCACCAAAGUCGGAGGACGAUAUAGAAAAAGACGGAAAAGAUCCUCACCUGUUGGAAAAUUUGGCCAAAAUCGGUCAAGUCACUUUGCCCAAGGACCGGAUAACAUUUAAACAGUCGAAUGAAAUGUUGAAAAUAGUCAGAGGCAGACAGGCAGAGAAUGCAUUAAGCAAGGACACGUUACCGAAGAACAGGGUGUCCGUGCAAGAAUUGCGAGAAAUGUUGAAUAAAAGAAAUUUUGCCACGAACGAAUGGACAUUCGAAAAAUUGUCGUCCGAGUACAAUUUGGAUCCACAAGUGGUUCAAAUUUUAUUGAAGCAUAUUAACACAUAUACAAUAGAGAGAAGUACAAACGCGGUAGCGUCAUGGCCCGGUGGUCCUGAGAAUGCUACUAAUAAUCAAUAG